AAUCACUUUUCACGUGCAUUAAACUCCUCCUACAUGGUGAACCGGGCCAUCUUAAUCGAAUCCCCUCACUUGCUGUUCCUCGAGCUUGUUCGAGCGAGACGUGUUGACAUCAUCCAAAACAUUUCCCACAACAGUGAGGAAAGAAAAUGAGUCUUCCAGACUCCAGAUCGCCGGGCAAACAGUCUUCUCCGGGGCUACAGAGUUGUUCUGUAGUGCAGCUGAAUGUGGGUGGUCAUGUGUUCACCACAUCUCUGUCUACGCUGCGUAAACACCCUGACUCCCAGCUGGCCUUCAUGUUCAGUAGUGGUCAGCAAUCCAAACUGCCCACUGACGCCAAGGGACGCUACUUCAUCGACCGCGACGGGACGCACUUCGGAGCCAUUCUUCAGUUCCUACGCACCCAGCGCCUGCCCACAGAGAGUGUUCUGGAGGUUUACCAGGAGGCGCUCCACUAUGACGUCAGAACCUUGGUGAAGCAGCUGCAGGACUCAGCCCAGCUGUUUGGCGAAACAGUGGGGAGGCAGCAGUUCAUCUCCAGGGUCCCCAACUAUUUGGAGAACCUGGAGGUGUUGGUGAGAGUGGCCCGAGCAGAAGCCAUCGCAGCCCGUCACUCUGCUGUCAUCGUUUGUGUUCUGAGGACCGAGGAGGACCUGGGUCGCUAUGACCAUGCCGUCAACAACCUGGAGGAACAGGAAGUGGUGCGGUUCGGACCGUGGAAGGCCCCUCCGACUGCCAUUGACCUGUUGGACUGCAUCAAGAUGGAUGUAGAGGCCAGGGGAUACAAAGUGAGAUACGAGCCUCACAGCUCUGACAGAGGCUUUUUGUUCAAGACCAAUGAUGGCUUCCUGUACAAACUCAUCUUCACUUGGUGGUAACAAAAUGACAAGUGUGUGGUGUAGAACAUCUAUGGCGGCCUUCUGAUUCUCUACCCUUCUCCAGAAGUGUGCACUCCCCCUCAUGCAUUUAAAACCAUUUGAUUUGUGUUAACAAGUCUGGAAGGUCUUUCCAGCAUAUUUAUUACACCAGUCCGUUCCUUUUAAAUCCACGAGGGGGACUGUAUUAGUGCUCACUUCACCCUUCACGUUCCCAGACAGAGACGUGCACAGAGAUCCUAUUAUAUUAGAAUCUAUUUAGAAAAUAAUUGGAUCAUAUUGAAGUUCUAAUGUGUCAUUCUAUGGAGGUGUGUGUGUGUGUGUGUGUGUGUGUAUAUGUAUAGAUGUACGCUCCCCUAUGUAUUUAUUUGGACAGUGAAGCUAAAACGUUUAAUUGGGAUCUAUACUCCAGCAUUUGGAUUUGAGAUCAAAUGUUUUAUAUGAGGCGACAGUACAGACUGUCACCUUUUUAUUUGAGGGUAUUUUCAUACAUAUUUACUGUUUUAUCUAAUUCCCCCCCCCCCCCAUUUGAAGGUGUGUAACACUGGUUAACCCUAUCAAUCCCGAGACCCCAGCAAAAAUCAGCAUGUCAAACCAAAAACUGUUUUUUCAAAAUGUUUGCUAAUUUAUAAUACAAAAAAACUACAGCAAUAUCACAUUUACAUAAGUAUUCUGACUCUUUACUCAGUACUUUGUUGAAGCACCUUUGGCAGCCUUGAGUCUUAUUGUGUAUGACUCUACAAGCUUGGCACACCUGUAUUUGGGGAGUUUCUCUCAUUCUUCUCUGCAGAUGCUCUCAAGCUCUGUCAGGUUGGAUGGGGACUGUCGCUGCACAGCAAUUUUUAGGUCUCUCCAGAGCUGUUCAAGUCCAGGCUCUGGCUGGGCCACUCAAGGACAUUCAGAGACUUGUCCCGAAGCCACUCCUGCGUUGUCUUGGCUGUGUGCUUAGGAUUGUUGUCCUGGUGAAUAUUCACCCCAGUCGGAUGUCCUGAAUAGUCUGGAGCAGGUUUUCAUCAAGGAUCUCUCUCGCUACUUUGCUUCGUUCAUCUUUGCCUCGAUCCUGACUAGUCUCCCAGUCCCUGACGUUGUAAAAACCCUCCACAGCAUGAUGCUGCCUCCACCAUGCUUCACCCUAGGGAUGGUCCCAGUUUCCUCCAGAUGUGAUGCUUGACAUUUAGGCCAAAGAGCUCAAUCUUGAUUUCAUCAGACCAGAGAAUCUUGUUUCUCAUGGUCUGAGAGUCUAUAGGUGCCUUUUGGCAAACUCCAAGAGGGCUGUCAUGUGCCUUUUACUGAGGAAUGGCUUCCGUCGGGCCACUCUACCAUAAAGGCCUGCUUGGUGGAGUGCUGCAGAGAUGGUUGUCCUUCUGGAAGGUUCUCCCAUCUCCACAGAGAAACUCUGGAGCUCUGUCAGGGUCAACCAUCGGGUUCUUGGUCACCUCUCUGACCAAGGCCCUUGUCCCCGAUUGCUAAGGUUUGCCCGGCGGCCAGCUCUAGGAAGAGUCUUGGUUGUUCCAAACUUCUUCCAUUAAAUAAUGGAGGCCACUGUGUUCUUGGGGACCUUCAAUGCUGCAGACAUUUCUUGGUAUCCUUUCUCAGAUCUGUGCCUAGACACAAUCAUGUCUCGGGGCUCUACGGACAAUUCCUUUGACCUCAUGGCAUGGUUUUUGCUCUGACAUGCACUGUCAACUGUGUAACCUUUUAUAUAGAUGGGUAUGUGUCUUUCCCAAUCAUGUCCACUCAAUUUAAUUUACCACAGGUGGACUCCAAUCAAGUUGAAUAAACAUCAAGGGUGACCAAUGGAAACAGGAUGCACUAAUUUCGAUUCUCAUAGCAAAGGGUCUGAAUACUUAUGUAAAUACGUUUUUAAAUGAUUUUAUACAAUUGCUAAACAUUUCUCAACCUGUUUUCGCUUCGUCAUUAUUGGUUAUUGUUUGUUGCGGAGGAUAAUUUUUCUUAAAUCCAUUUUAGUCUGUAACGUAGCAAAAUGUAAACAAGUAAAGGGAUCUGAAUACUUUCCAAAGGCACUCUAUAUUUACCCUCACAAUGAAGUGUUUUACAAUUAUUAUUUUUGUCCUGGGGGGGACCACCAAGGUUACAAGUAGGACACAACAAAAUUUGCUUUCAUGAGUUUAUUGACAAAUGUCAAUUAAAGUAUCAACCCGAUAAAUUUUAUUGAUAUGAAUGCUGUAAUUAGUGACGGUGACAACUCUGGAGUUUGGAGUUUGCGACAUCAACUAUCUGAGCUUAUUAUAGACAUUGUGUCCUGGGGUUUCUUAUGAUCUUCUAUGUAGAAUGAUCCCUUACCUUCUAACUGGUGGUGUAAAGUACUUAAGUAAAAAUACUUGAAAGUACUACUUAAAUAGUUUAGGGGUGUCUCUACUUUACUAUUGUUACGGUUUUCUAGGUGUGAAUCUUAUGAUUCAUGUUUAAUGACAAACACACUAAACACAAACACUACAAAACAAUAAACGUAAUGAAAACUGAAACAGCCUAUACUUGUGUAAACUAACACAGAACAAGGACUUCAGGACACUAAGGACAAUCACCCACGACAAACUCAAAGAAUAUGGCUGCCUAAAUAUGGUUCCCAAUCAGAGACAACGAUAAACACCUGCCUCUGAUUGAGAACCACUCCAGACAGCCAUAGACUUUGCUAGAUAACCCCACUAGCUACAAUCCCAAUACAUACACACCAAAACCCCAAGACAAAACACACCACAAUACAAAAACCCCAUGCCACACCCUGGCCUGACCCAAUACAUGAAGAAAAACACAAAAUACUUAGACCAGGGCUUGACAACUAUUUAUAUUUUUGAUAACUUUUGCUUUACUACAUUCCUAAAGAAAAUGAUGUACUUUUUACUUCAUACAUUUUCCCUGACACCCAAAUGUACUCGUUACAUUUUGAAUGCUUAGCAGGACAGGAAAAUUGCCUAAUUUACACACUUAUCAAAAGAACAUCCCUACUGACCCUGAUCUGUCAUUCUCACUAAACGCAUGCUUCGUUUGUAAAUGAUGUCUGAGUGUUGGAGCAUGCCCCUCGCUAUCCGUAAAAUAAAAUAACUGGAAAAUGAUGCCAUCUGGUUUGCUUUAUGUAAGGAAUUUGAAAUUAUUUAUACUUUUGAUACUUGAGUAAAAUUAUUUGGUUUUAAAUAUACUUAAGUAGUAUUUUACUGGGUAACUUUUACUUGAGUAAUUUUCUAUUAAGGUAUCUUUACUUUUACACAAGUAUGACAAUUGGGUUCUUUUCCCACCACUGCUUCUAAUGACUCUUGUGUAGGUUGUGAGAGUCAUAGAGCAAGACGUUGGUUGUUGCUCUAACCAUCCGGGCACUUGUCUCACAAACACAGCUGUUGCUCAGCCAUUCAUGACAUCAGUGGAAUGGAACUUUGCUGAAAUACUUAGGCCAGGAUUCAAGACGAUUUCACCCAAUUUCGUCUAUGCACCAUUUUUACAGGCAAUGUUACCCUUGUUGCAAAGAUCGCAUUCAAAGUAAACGCUGCAGUUAUUGGCUCAAUCCUUUAAAUGUCAAAUGUGCUACAAUGCGGCUGAAUGCCUUAGCCAUUGUUCAGCUGGAACUUGUAUUGUUGCUAUCACAGUAACUAACCCCUGACACCAUACACACAACAGAAUGUGUAUCAUGAUGAGUAACCUUGCUUGGGACCUUGUGGUAGACUGUUUUAGAGAGACCUGGGUUAAAUCUAGUCUGUCCUCAGAUGGGUCUAGAAGCGCCACAGAGGCUGUUUGGUCAUUUGGUGAACCACACUGGCAUGUGGAUUUUUAUCUUGUGUGAGACCAGAAGACUUGUGUUAGCUCCCCCGAGAUACAAACAGAUUACACCCUGGAACUGUUUUGUGGUUGUGGCCUGCGCAUAACAGCAGGAGUUGGCAUCGAGGAUAAAAUGCCAACAGCUCUCCAUUUGCCAGUUCACAUCCACCAGAUAUAAUCCAUUUAGACCAAGGAUUCAAACCAGCAACCCCCUGGUUGUUGGCCCGCCCCUCUAACCUCUAGGCUACAUGCAGCACCGUAGUUCAGCAAACGAUUUUUGCACUUACCUGAUCAACAUGGUCCAGUUUUCUGAAUGGCUGAACUGCGGACUCUCAAAUGUCAAACAUGCAUCAGCAUAGAGACCCACUCUGACUCUGUCAUCAGUCAGCCCAGAUCAUGGAUUGUAAAAAAACUGAACGAUGGUGCCAAAAAAGUUAGGCUCAGAAAAAGGCUCUUGAAGUAGACGCUGCUAAAUGUGUGAAAUUAACCGACUUACUUUCUAAAAGUUCUGGUUCUGCUGGUGUGAAUGUUUUCUCAGCUACUGCUGAGAAAACGGACAACGACACACACACUGACAGAUUUAGCUUACUGCUGCCAUUUACAGUUUGCCUGUAUAUCGUAUGCUAAUUAUUUCGAUAAAAAGCAGUAGCACUGUAUUUAAUCCAGUUUCAAAUACAAGUCAUGUAUUACAAUGAAACACUGAAUUAAUGCAUAAUAAUUGAUAAAUCAUAUUUUAAAGGUCAAUCCGGGGACUGUAUUUUAAUAGUUUUAUCUGUUUAUUUGCGUCUGAAUUUGUCUCGCCAGCCAGCCAGUGGGUCUUAGUUUAUGAUCUGGCAGAGGGAGAGACUGACAGAUCCUUAAUGUAGCCAUUGAAUGUAUUAUACAGCCAAAACAUUAAGGAACUGUCCCUCUCUUGACGUAAAGGCUCCUGCCUUCAUAAAAUCAUUCAUAACCCCUUCAUGAAUAUUGCAGUAUCAUUCAUAAUAACCUUCAUACCAAAUUAAUACCCGAUGAAGAUCCUUUCAGGAUCAAAACAUUAUUUGUUUGUGAAUAAAGGUACCUCGUGGAGCUUAUGCGUGUGCGGGCUCUAUUUAAUACAGCAUCAAUCGCAUGUCAUUUAAAACAAAAGUUCUGUUUUCAUUACAGUAUUGAUAUUAUUAUCACGUAAUUUUUAUAGUAGAAAUAUCUGGUGGGAUUGAGCUGGGUGGUGUUACUCACUAGGUUUAGUUCUGCGUCAUCCAGAUCUGGGUUAAAAUAGUAUUUGAAAUCUUUCCAAUAAUUUGAGUGUUUACUUGAGCCUGCCUGAUGUGCCAGAUUGAUGGGUUUUGCAAUUUUGGGACUAUUCCAUGUCCAUCAAAAUAAGGGAAAGAAUACAUAGAAAUAUUGAUUUUGGUAAGUUUAAUACAUGAUUGGUUGAAGUUAUUCAUAAACAAUUGCUACUCCCCUGAUAACGUAAUACCCCCCUGAUGACAUAAUAAGCAGAAAAGUUACGGUAACUUGUCAAUUUAUUAUGUUAUCGGUUCUAUUCUGUGUUACGUUCUGAUUUUAUUUAGAAAAUGUAUGUCAUGAAUAGUUUCAUAAAGGUUUUAUGAAUGCCAAUAUAAUCAAGUACAGUUACCUGUGUGUGUGCAUUUCAAUGUACUUUUUAAUGUCUACUAUAUGUAUGAGUAUUAAAUUACUUUUGGUGUCUGUCUGUGCAUGUGUGUACAAUUCGAUGUGUGCUUGUGAGCAGGGUUGUGUGCUUGUGAGCAGGGUUGUGGAGUAACUGUAGUCUGAUAAAUAAAAACACUUGAAUAAGUAACAUUACACAUA